CAGUCCAGUUGUGAUCAUCCAUUCAAUGAGAAUACGAUGGCCUGGAUGAAGGAGAAUAUUCACAGACAUAUCUAUAGAGGCAAACAUGCGGAAGGCAUGAUGAUGUUUUUGCCAUGACACCUCUCCGCAACCCCGCUGCCCGACUGACGCAUUUGUGACCAAACAAUGUCCGAGCAAAGAAUAAGACAUAAGGAUUGAAAAGAGGAUUUGUGAAGACUAUAACAGGGGAAACUCCUCCCCCUCCUCCCCUCGCCGACACAUUUGAUGGGGGAUUACAUCCAUGCAAUCGAAACUUGCCGGGACAUUCUGCUGAGAUCGCACCGGCAAUCCGAGCGCAGCAGGGAGCCCUGCGAGCCAAGGGCGGAGAUACGGCCGGGGGCGGAGGAUGACAGCUUGAAGUGAAAGGGCAAACGGACCACAGGCAGGAUGACAAACCAGCCCACAGUCAACCAGUCCAACACCGACAAGCACAAGAAGGUGAAAGAUGAAACCCGGCAAGAUGACAACACAGAGACUGGCUACAAAGAUGCUGGUCACUGCAGCCGCAACACCCACAAUCUGUUGCUGGGACUCACCGUCAUGGGUGUGGUCAUGGGAGCCGUGUUCGGAAUGCUGCUGCGCUACAUGAAGGUGGUGGACAACGCCGCCCUCACUAUGGUUUCCUUCCCGGGAGAAAUCCUCAUGAGGAUGCUGAAGAUGCUCAUCCUGCCUCUCAUCAUCUCCAGCCUCAUCACAGGGCUGGCUGGUCUGGAUGCUCGCUCCAGUGGCAGGAUGGGCAGUAGAGCCAUGGUGUACUACAUGUCCACCACCAUCAUCGCCGCCAUCCUCGGGGUCAUCCUGGUGCUAAGUAUCCACCCCGGCAACCCCAAACUGAGGGGGCGCACAGCGACCACGGCCACCAAAAACCAGGAAGUCAGCAGCCUGGACGCCUUCCUGGACCUGAUCCGAAACCUCUUCCCUGAGAACUUGGUGCAAGCUUGUUUCCAGCAGGUCCAGACGGUGCUGAAACAGGUGUCAGUAGCAGCACCAAACCAAACUGAGCCCAUUGUAGUGAACAGGAAGAAACUGGAGUAUAAAUGGGGCAUGAACGUUCUCGGCUUGAUUGGCUUCUUCAUCACCUUUGGGAUCUGCAUGGGCAGGAUGGGCGAACGUGGAAAAAUCAUGUGCGACUUCUUCAACAUCCUGAACGAGAUCAUCAUGACGAUGGUCUCCAUGAUCAUGUGGUACUCUCCCGUCGGCAUCGCCUCUCUGAUUGCGGGGAAGAUCGCCGCCAUCGGUGACCUGGAGGUGGUGGCCAGGCAGCUGGGCAUGUACAUGGUGACCGUCAUAGUGGGCCUGGUCAUCCACGGCGGCUUGAUCCUUCCGGCCAUCUUCUUCGGCAUCACCCGUAAAAGCCCCUUUACCUUCUACUCUGGAAUCUUCCAGGCUUGGAUCACGGCGCUGGGCACCGCCAGCAGUGCCGGGACUUUGCCGGUCACAUUCCGCUGCCUGGAGGAGAAUCUCAAGAUCGACAAGCGCGUCACUCGCUUCGUGCUGCCCAUUGGCGCCACCAUCAACAUGGACGGCACUGCCCUUUACGAGGCCGUGGCGGCCAUCUUUAUUGCCCAGAUGAACGACAUCACGCUGGACGGCGGGCAGAUCGUCACUGUCAGUAUGACCGCCACUCUGGCCAGUGUGGGAGCGGCCAGCAUUCCCAGCGCCGGACUGGUCACCAUGCUGCUGAUCCUGACGGCGGUCGGCCUUCCCACGCAGGACAUCAGUCUGCUCAUCGCCGUCGACUGGCUGCUCGACAGAAUGCGUACCUCCAUCAACGUGGUCGGCGACUCGUUCGGCGCCGGCAUUGUGGACCACUUGUCCAAAGCGGAGCUCCACGAAAUCGACGCGGCCGAAAUGCAAAUGCUCCCGAUGGAGGAGGAGCUGGAUUUCAUCCCGCCACCGCCGAUCCUCACCGAGAUGGAUCUGGUGGACCCUCUCAGGCCGCCCGAGCUGCCGCCCCGCUCCCCUCGCCCCCCCAAACAAAACCACCACGGCCACGUUCUCUCCCAGUCCCACUCCAUCACGUACUCGCCGUCCCGCUCUGUCCGCUCUCCGUCGCCGCACUCCAUCCGCUCCCCCUCCCCGCGCUCCGUCUGCUCCCAUUCCCCGCGACCUUUCCGCACCCACUCACCUCACCUCCUCCGCAGGACGGAGCCGGCAUACUGCGCCCUGCCCAGCCAUGACAACCAGAUUCCCGCCCUGCCUCGCUGCUACCGGGAGAGGGAGCGUGAGCGGCUGCACAGAGAGAGCGAGACGGAGGAAGAAGAGGAAAGAGAGAGGGUCCUCGGUGAAGUAAGCGACGGGGAGGAGAGCGACGACACGGCCUACGAUCGGCGGCACGCCAUCCCACCCUGCGACCUGCCGUGAGUCAGCCACUCCACUUGAGGGCCUCACUGGAAUUCCGUCUACUUAAUUGGCUCCGUUUGGGAAUGUUUGACUGCAGAGAUGUUUAAUGUUAAAGAAUAUUAAAUGCUUUUCUCUCCCACCGUCUUGAUUCAUCAUUCUGGAAGCAAAGAUUUAGUCAGCCUGGUUUCCACCAACAAACUGGACUGGAGCGCUUGGUGGAAACAUGGCUUCCUGCACCAGAACACAAACAAGCUACUUUCUUCCAGAGGUGUGCACUCGAGUCACGGCAACUUGGACUCAAGUCACAGUUUUGAUGACUUUGGAUGUGACUUUUGACAAUACCAUCAAAGGAAUUGCAACCCGACUUGGACUUUGACAUCAAUGACUCAAGACUUGACUCUGACUUUAGUCUGAUGACUUAAAUACUUGAACUUUUCAGUGAGUGUUCUGAGUAAAAUGUGUCUCCAUUCAAAGUACAAUCGUUCCUCGCUGCAUCGUGGUUCCAUCAUCGCUCCCUCACUUUAUCGUAGUUUUUCAAAAAUUCAUCCAUUGAAACGUCCGGGUUGGUUUUCCCAAGAAGAGAUCAGGCAGACACACUUUUCAUUCUUUUGAAUCUUUUCGUGGAAAAUGUCUGCAAAUGCAUGCUGGACUCCUGCUCACAUUAGCAGGCAGUGAUGAAAACUAGAAAGUUCCUAGGCUAAAUGCUAAGCUUGAGACACGCCUACGCAGAGGUGUGUACUCCCUCCUGAGUGGGUCAGUGUGUGAUUUGUGUGUAGCUAUUUAACUGGUUUGAGCUGAUGUCAAUCAAGGGUGCAUGGCUGUAAACUAGUGUGCAAGCCGCGAAUGUGAUAAGGUUGCCGGGUAACCUGUCUGUCCCACUGGCCUCACCCCCACCACCACACAGAGCGUCCUUCAAACAGCCUGACCGCACAGAAGCGAGAGCAGGGCCAGCGCAACCCCAGAAUAACUCUACAAUACUAUAUUUCUAUCAACUGCGCUCUAAAUGGAUACAAGUAAAUGUAAGUAAGUACAAAUAUACUUGGGGAAAAAGUUAGGCACCAAAAACAAUAUGUGAUCUUCUCAGAUUUUUGGUGCCUAACUGUUUCCCAAGUAUAUUAGUGUGUGUGUGAAUGUAUAAACGAGAGGAAUUAAUUUAAAAUUUCUUUGUAGGAAGGCGCUUUAUGAAAGUAAGUACAAUUACUUGUAUUCAUUUACAGCGCUGCCUUGACACAUCCAAUAUGGCGGCAACGUUGUUGUGGACAAACCCCGGCAUCUGUGUCGAUGGUGAUCCCGUAGCCUGCGCGUAAUAGUUUUGCAAUAUGGUGCCAAAGCUAGUCUUUGUGAGGGCGGAUGACACGCAUGGUGAUGCCACGCGAUCGACCCACAUUAUGUUCCAGCUACUACGCCAAGGAGCUUUCCCAAUGCUAACGUGAGUUAGCUCUUAUUAUUGCUCACGUGUACUAUGUUAGGUAAUACGAGUACAAAGGUGACUAUAGGAGUGUAAUUUCUUGGCAAGAGGGCUCUGAUCAUGUUAAGAGUUUUCAGAAAGUCAGAAACCAAUUUCGAUGCUCUAACUACACUAACUACCACUUACCCACUUACCACUUACCGUCUCCCCGGCUAGUGUUUGACUUGUAAGGGAAAUUUCAAGCCUAUGACUUUGGACUUGACUCAACCUGUCUUAUCUUGUCUUUAGACUUGACUUGGACUUGCAAGUCUUUGAGACUUGACACAUGGCUUUCUCGCACCUGUGCUUUCUUCCCUGCAAACUCUCCCACAUCGUCCUUCCACAAAUCAGCAGUUACACAGUCUCUUCCUGAAGCGCAGCAACCACCAUCAGUGUUGGAAUUCUCACCGCACUUUCUUUCUGUUUUGUGUUGUUUGCCAUCUGAGACGAUGAGUCAUUGUUGCCCAAACGCACGAGAUGCUGUUUUCAUGUCUGUAUCUUUGUCUGCUGGACUUUUCUUCUCCUUUAUCCUGUUGAUCUGUACAGCGAACUCACCUCCCGCGUCUCACUGAAUGCCUUUCAUUUUAACUCAACCGCAGACACCCCCCCAAACGUAGCGUGGCAUGUAUGUAAUAAAAACCCUCCAGACUUCUUCAA